AUGCCGUCAGACGUCAACAGCCAUGACAAUAAACAGGCCAUCUCUGACCAGGAGGGUAGGCAGCCAGGUUCUCCCGAGCCGGCGCAAGCUGCACCGCAUUCCAUCUUUUCCAGGCGUACAAAGAUGUUCAUCAUUGUCAUGACCGUCUUUGCGACCUUUUUUUCGCCAUUCUCAUCAUUCCUAUACCUGCCGGCCAUUACACCCAUUUCAGAAGCAUAUCACCGCUCCGUUGGCGACAUCAACUUGACAGUCACUCUCUAUCAGGUCAUGCAGGCCAUAUCGCCUCUCUUCUUUGGCGAUCUCAGUGAUCAGAUUGGCCGUCGCCCGGUAUACAUGGCCACGUUUACCAUUUACCUGGCGGCCAAUAUCGCGCUCGCGCUGCAAAACUCUUACGGCGCGCUUCUCUUCCUGAGAGCUCUGCAAAGCACCGGCAGCAGCGCGACUGUGGCCAUUGGCAACGCUGUUAUUGCGGAUCUGACGACGCCGGCAGAGCGAGGCGGUUACAUCACCAUCGUGCAGGCCACCAUCAUGUUUGCACCGGCAUUGGCCCCUGUUCUUGGCGGAAUUCUGACUCAGUACCUGGGCUGGCGGUCCACAUUCUGGUUUCUGGUCAUUGCCGCCGGCGUCUUCAUCGUCUUAUAUGUACCACUCGUGCCAGAGACUGCGCGAAACAUUGUUGGAAAUGGCUCUAUUCCGCCUCCCACGCUAAACAAGUCCAUCAUCUCCAGCGUGCACUGGCGUCGCAAAAGACGCGACGUCAAGGCAAACCCGGGCGAGGAGCCGAUCCCGGAGCCCAAAAAGCUGCCUAGAAGAAUUCCCAUUCCCAACAUUUGGGCUGCCAUUCGAAUCGCUUUUGAAAAAGAUGUCGGCUUACUUCUACUUUUCAACUCGCUGCUUGUCAUGAGCAAUUACGCCAUGCUUGUGCCGCUCCAGGACGUGAUCCGUAGGCGCUACCACUUUAACGACCUUCAAGUUGGUCUCUGCUAUAUCCCAUACGCCAUUGGCAACAUAAUUGGCGCGUUAUUAAUGGGCAAGGUUCUGAACUGGAAUUACGCACGGGUGGCGCGCUCCCUGGGCAUGACUCCCGACCGCAAGCGCAACGACGAGCUGCGCAAGUUUCCCAUCGAGCGCGCCCGCACCGAUCCAGUAUGGCCCUGGGUCGUGCUCGCCAUUGCCAUGACAGCCUGCUGGGGCUGGGUUGUGGACUCUGGCGCGAGCCUCGCGGCGCCUCUGGUAGUGCUGUUCUUCCAGGGCGUCGGCGUCGCAGGCCCCAUGUCUGCUCUGUCUACUGUCCUGGUAGAUCUAUACCCCUCGAAUGCCGGACGUGUCUCUUCCACGUUUAACCUGACCAGAGCUGCCAUAAGUGCCGUUGCUUCGGCUGUGAUCCAGCUGAUCAUCGACGCCUGGGGCUACGGCUAUACAUAUUUAUUCUUGGCGAUGCUUCUGCUGGUGGCGAGUCCUUCCAUCCUUUGCGUCAGGAUAUGGGGUCCGAAAUGGCGAGAGGAGAGAUAUGUUCGGAUAGAAAAGCAGCAGGCAAAGGAGGAGGAGAAGCAAGCGGCAAGGCAGAGAGCAGGGUAA